AGCACGGGAGCCCUGCCGCAGAGACCGGCUGGGUUGGCACUCACCCUCGACCCACCUGCCUUGUAAUGGUAGUCUAUCAGUAGUAGGUUCCAGGUUGCUCAGGGCAUGUAGGCAGAGUUAGCGACUGCCAAGCGUCCAGAGCCACAGCGCUCCAGGUACUCUGGGACCUUCUCCAUCUGCGGUGCUCUUUAGCUCCUGCGGAGAUGCCCAACUGACAGGAGAGCCAGUGAGGACAAGAACGCUCCAUUUCGACCCAAGUCCACUGCACCCAUGGCUCUGCCGGCCAGUCUGUUGCCCCUGUGCUGCCUGGCACUCCUGGCACUGUCUGUCCAAAGCUGCGGGCCGGGCCGAGGACCGGUUGGCCGGCGGCGUUAUGUACGCAAGCAACUUGUGCCUCUGCUGUACAAGCAGUUUGUGCCUAGCAUGCCGGAGCGGACCCUCGGCGCGAGUGGUCCAGCUGAGGGGAGGGUAACAAGGGGGUCGGAGCGCUUCCGGGACCUCGUACCCAACUACAACCCCGACAUAAUCUUCAAGGAUGAGGAGAACAGCGGCGCUGACCGCCUGAUGACAGAGCGUUGCAAAGAGCGGGUGAAUGCUCUAGCCAUCGCGGUGAUGAACAUGUGGCCCGGAAUACGCCUACGAGUGACUGAAGGCUGGGACGAGGACGGCCACCACGCACAGGAUUCACUCCACUACGAAGGACGUGCCUUGGACAUCACCACGUCCGACCGUGACCGUAAUAAGUAUGGCUUGUUGGCGCGCCUAGCAGUGGAAGCCGGAUUCGACUGGGUCUACUACGAGUCCCGCAACCACAUCCACGUGUCGGUCAAAGCUGAUAACUCACUGGCGGUCCGUGCCGGAGGCUGCUUUCCGGGAAAUGCCACGGUGCGCUUGCGGAGCGGCGAAAGGAAAGGGCUGAGGGAACUCCAUCGUGGUGACUGGGUACUGGCCGCUGAUGCAGCGGGCCGAGUGGUACCCACGCCAGUCCUGCUCUUCCUGGAUCGGGACCUGCAGCGCCGCGCCUCCUUCGUGGCUGUGGAGACCGAGCGUCCUCCGCGCAAACUGUUGCUCACACCCUGGCAUCUGGUGUUCGCCGCUCGCGGGCCAGCGCCUGCUCCAGGUGACUUUGCACCGGUGUUCGCGCGCCGCUUACGCGCUGGGGACUCGGUGCUGGCUCCCGGCGGGGACGCGCUCCGGCCAGCGCGCGUAGCCCGCGUGGCGCGCGAGGAAGCCGUGGGCGUGUUCGCACCGCUCACUGCGCACGGGACGCUGCUGGUCAACGACGUCCUCGCCUCCUGCUACGCGGUUCUAGAGAGUCACCAGUGGGCCCACCGCGCCUUUGCCCCUUUGCGUCUGCUGCACGCGCUCGGGGCGCUGCUCCCCGGGGGUGCAGUCCAGCCCACUGGCAUGCAUUGGUACUCUCGCCUUCUUUACCGUUUGGCGGAGGAGUUAAUGGGCUGAGCUUCCAAGGACAGAAGUCCUUCAGGCUCUGCACAAAACCGAAGCCCUGAGACCUGCUAGCUGAGAUCUGGGGAUGUGGGCAGCAGGUGAUGCUGAUUGGGAGAGAGAGAAUAAGGUGGGCUGUGCUAGGAACCUCUUGGUUUAGGUAACUUUUACUGAGAGGAGUGGUACCCUGUCCUUGAUAACUGGGUUUGCUGGUAGGCACUCUUUAAUGAGGACUUUUUUUUUUUUUUUUUGCGUCUUCCCCAGUCCCACCGGAUAAUUUUAUUUUCUAUUUAUAAUUUGUAAUAUGAUGACCUGCUUGCCCAGCCCACUAAAGUGAGGACCUGGAGCGGGGCUUUAACACUGCCUUACGCAGCCGGCCAACCUGACAGCUCACACUCUCACCUUUCCCUGCAGGUGGGUUAAUAAAGGGAAGGCUUAUUGGAAACCACCUUCACUUGGGUGAUUCACCUCCAAAAAGGAGGAGAACCGGGACUAAUCCGAGUCCUCUUCUUACCUCCACCUUCUUCCUCAGCAGGAUCUUCCAAAUCCUCUUGCUGCAAAGGGUGUCCCAACCUGUCAGCAACAGACAGGAAAUAUCCUGCCCUUUUUAAGGUACUGGUUCCACCCUUAGCAGGGACCAGAACUUCACUUAUGAGGAUGCAUACCAACUUUGAGUGGGGGGUGGGACUUACCGAGGGAACUUGAAGAUUGAUGCUCAGCCCAUUUGGGGUCUUCUAUUGUUAGCUAUCCUGGUCUAUCCCUGUAGGCUGCGGAUCAGCCCAGCGGUCAUCCUGCCUACUGAAUGGGUCUGAUUACUUUCUGGGGUUUUGGUAGGCCGACUGAUGAGCCAUGGGUGUUCCAGUCUGCCACACAUUUGUGGCCAAAAUAAAGAUCCUAGAGCCGUCAGGAAUGGCGGUCAGAUUACAGGAGUGCAUGCUUGUAGUCCCAACACUUUGGAGGUAGAGAAAGGAUAGAACAGGAGGAUCAUGAAUUCAAGGCUAACCUGGGCUGCAUAGUAGUAGAACACACACACACACACACACACACAGAGAGAGAGACAGAGACAGAGACAGAGACAGAGACAGAGAGACAGAGACAGAGAAAAGCUGGAGAGAAUCAUUUCUCAUGACCUGCAGGGAACAGGUUUUGGAUUGGGUAUAUCUAAGGGAAAAGGCCUCCUCUGUCAAGUUCUAGUAUGGCAUUCUGAGUUUCCUCCUCCAGUCCAGUGGUUGUUUCUGCUGGCUCUCCAUCCACCCUUCCUUUCCUGUCUCUUGUUACUGGUUGGGCUUCUCUGGUUUCUCUGGGUGUUUGGGGGAAUUUUUGGACUCCAGCAUUGCAAGCCACUGAAAUGCAGGUAGAUUGAUGUCUCUGAGCUAGGGAUGGGCUUGUAGGACUGCCCUGGAAAAGAUGUGAAUGUAGGAUCUGAGGGAUAGUCAAGGGUGGGUGGUAUUUCCAGGAACUGGGCCCAAGCCUGCGACGAUUGCAAGGAAGAUCGGCUCUGCUCUGAGCUUCUGAGCCAGCCAAGGCCAUUCUGUAGAUACGUCGCCCUCUGGUGGCACUGGAGAGAAUUCUAAGGCUGGGGACCUGUGCUUCCCUUUGGUUCCCUCUGCACCAAAGGGAAAUGUAUUGAGCACUGCAUCAGACUUACUCAUAGGAACUGACCCAGAGGGCAGAACAUCAGUACGUGGCUUGCGUUAACCGUUAGCAUGGUGCCACGUGUCAGGAGAUGGUAAGGAACCUGCAUGAUUCUCUCUCAAUCCUUGGAAUUUUUUUUCAGCUCUGGGGCUCUGGGGCUCUGGGAAGCUCGAAGUGUAGAUAAUGAUGCAGUGUGUCCCUCAGUCUAGUGACCUUCAAAUCCUGUGGUCAGAAGAUAAUAGUAAAUAGAGCUUCACAUAGUUCCUGAUAAAGGUCCUCUAUUCACCAAUGUCUAAGUCUGCAGACACCAAAUACCUGUUGCCACCCUGCCUUCUCCCUGCCUCAUCUCAAACAAUAAUAGCCUUUCCUACUUUCUUACCCUACUCUUACUGCAUCUCUUAGAUGCUGGUACCUUUGGUUUUAUCACCCAGGUGAUGAACACUCUGAUAAGCUAAUUGGACUUUUUGUGUUGCUGGGCCAUCUGUGUUUACUGCCUUCUCUAAGUACUACUUGUCUCUAAACUGCUGAAACUAAGGUCUUUUUUUUCUUUUUUCUUUCUUUUUUUUCUCUUUCUUUCUUUCUUCUUCUUCCUCCUCCUCCUUUUGGUUUUUUAUUUUUUUUGCUUUUUCAAGACAGGGUUUCUCUGUAUAGCCCUGGCUGUCCUGGAGCUCACUCUGUAGACCAGGCUGGCCUCGAACUCAGAAAUCUGCCUGCCUCUGCCUCUCAAGUGCUGGGAUUACAGGCGUGCGCCACCACCGCCCGGCGAAACUAAGGUCUUUAACCAGGAACCAAUAGGGCUGACUGUGAAGAUAGCUCAAGCAGUACAGCAUUAGCCUAGUGUGCCCAGAGCCCCAAUUUCAAUUCCCAGCACCACUCAAAUGGCUACGGAAUAUAUUUGGGGACAAGAAUUCAUUGGCUUUCAUUAAAUCACAUCCUAUAGGUUACUUUCCAGGCUUGAGGCUCACCUCUCUCUCCAACUUUAUCCCUCUCCUCAUUCUGUCCUCUUAGGGCCCCUCCCCUCAUUCUAUCCCCUUGAGGCCCCUCCCCUCAAUCUGUAACCUUGAGGUCCCUUCCCUUAUUCCGUUUUCUUGAAGCCCCUCCCCUCAUUCUUAUCCCCUCGAGGUUCCUCCCCUCAUUCUGUUCCCUCGAGGCCUCUCCCCUUAUUCUUAUCCCCACCCCCACCCCUGCCCCUUCCCUCUUUUGGUCCCCUUGAGGCCCCUCCCUUUAUUCGUGUCCUCCUGAAGCCCCUCCCAGCUAUGUAAAAACCACACACCAUGUGCUUGCGGCAGGCGCGCUAACUUGGCCGCCUAUCCUCUUCCAACUGCAGCAACUCCUUUCAACCCACGGCCAGAGCUUUGCGUUCCUCCCUCACUGCUGCUGUCGCCCUCCGCCGUCGUCUGCUUUAUGUCUACUACUCCACUAAAAGUAUUGCCAUCGGACGCAUUUCAGGGCUGAGGUUUGUUUUGUUUUUCAAGCUGGGCGCGGAAAGGAGGAUUGUCUUGAGUUCAAGGGCAGCCUGGGAUACUUAGUAAGGCCCUGCCACAAAUAAAUUUUAUUAUUUAAAAUCAAACGCAACAUGACACAUUUGGAUUUAUUUAUUUAUCUGUUUGUUAAAUUAUUUAUUUUGAGAUUCAGUUUGCCCUUGAGCUCAUUAAUAUUCCUGCUUCAGUUUCCAGAACAUUGGGAUUGGGUUUAUUUUAGGAUAAAGGAAUAAUUUUGAGGGGCAGUAGUAGCUCACACCUUUAAUCCCUGCACUUGAGAGGCAGAGGUUGGCAGAUCCCCGAGUUCGAGGCCAGUCUGAUCUACAGAGUGAGUUCCAGGACAGCCAGGGCUACACAGAGAAACCCCGGCUCAAAAAGCAGUAUAAAUAAAGGGGAAAAAAAGAAAGAAAAGUACAAAUACAAAGAACUGUGAUUGGGUGCCCUGGUCUAGUGGUGCCCACUUUUAAUCCCCAUACUUGUGAGACAGAGGCAGCCAGAUCUCUGUGAAUCUGAGGCUGGUCUAAUCUAUAAAGAAUGUUCCUAGGCUGGGCGUGGUGGCACACGUCUGUAGUCCAAGCACUUG